AUGUCUAACAUACAAAGUGGCGACGCCACGCCACGAGGCGUCGGCGUCAGCACCGCGAGCCACCAGCCAAUCCACUCGCUGCCACAAGUCGGCAGCGGAUUUCCCAACUUCAUGAGUCAGGGGUCUAUGGUUGGAGCCCCUUAUGCUUUCGGAAGCGGCCAGGGAAGUGAUGGAACAGCAACACCCAAUCCAAGCUGCGGGCCAUGCUGCUAUGCGGAACCCCCGCCGGCCCACCAGGCAAACCAUGGUUUAUGGACGUGGAGUAGGGACGGUCGCCUUAAAUUGACUUGCGAGCAGCCUAUUGUGCCUGUUCCAGUCAUUCAGGAGAUCCACAGGCGCGACAAGAUUAUUGAAGUGCCUCAAGUAGACGUUGUGGAUGCAGUGAAGCCACGGGUGUACAACCAGGGAGUGGAACACGAAGUCCCAAAAAUGCGCAUCGACGCUCAGCCGGUCAACAUUGAAAUACCAAAGUACAAGUAUGUUGAAAGAGAAGUUCUGGUGCCGAUCGUCACUGGGUACACUCACAAGUUUGUUCCCAAAUGGGAAAUAAGGGAAGUGCCUCGCCCGGUGGUGAAGUAUGUGGGGGAACAACAGACAAUCGAAGUUGAAGUCCCCCAGGUGAAGUUUGUUGACAGAAUUGUGGAGAAAGAAAUAGUGGUAGAUACAAUCGAAAAGAAGGUACCCAAGAUUAUCGAAGUCCCGAAGUAUGUAGACACAGUGAAGUACGUGUGGAAACCGGUGGAAAAGAUCGUUCAUGUCGAGCGAUUCGUACCAAAGUUCGACGUCUCUCUUGAGUGCCCUGCUCCUCUUAUUGUUCCAUAUCCCGUCCAGAAGGUUACGGAAAUGCCUGCAGUUAUGGUGCGCAAGAACCCAGCAGAGAUUCAAGAGACAGAAGUUGAAGUUGUGUCUCCAGAGGGAACUGUCCGGGUUCCCGAAGAGUACAUUCGCGAGUACAGAAAGACCAAAGGUCAAGAUGCAGGUCUUUUGUGCCAAACAAUGGAAUGCUGUGGCGCUGAUAGAGAAGACGAAGUGGUAUUUUCCCAAGGUGACCUCAGUUGGAUGCAAAGGCAGCACGAACAUGAGCUCAGCGCAGACCAAGAACCGGAACUAUCACGGGAAUCUGCAAGAAGUAGUCAAACGGGGGCAAUUUUGACGAGACAGCAGCGUAGCGAUAUCUCUGAAGGCCGUAGCUGCAGCGGAGAGAGCGAAGAAGCGCAGUGA